CGCGCCGCCGAGAGGAGACGGGGACGGGCCGGACCCAGCCAGCCCCCGCACCAGGGUGAUCCCCCCAUACUGCCCCUCCCCCCAGCCAGGCCCCCCCCCGGCGUGCGAACCCCCGAACCCGGGGUGACCCCCCCAUACUGCCCCUCCCCCCAGCCAGCCCCCCACCCCCGGCGUGCGAACCCCCGAACCCGGGGUGACCCCCCCAUACUGCCCCUCCCCCCAGCCAGGCCCCCCCCCGGCGUGCGAACCCCCGAACCCGGGGUGACCCCCCAUACUGCCCCUCCCCCCAGCCAGCCCCCCCCGGCGUGCGAACCCCCGAACCUGGGGUGACUCCCCCCAUACUGCCCCUCCCCCCAGCCAGGCCCCCUGGUGUGUGAACCCCCAAACCUGGAGUGACCCCCCUACACCUGUCUGCCCCCCAUACAGACUCCUGGGGUGCUCCCCUCCCCCAUACAGCCCCCAGCUUGCCUACUCCCUCCCCUGGCCUGACCCCCUCCCCACAUACCCCAUUCACACCCUCCUCGGCUUGGCCUGAGCGCCCCCCUCCCCUCCCGCGCUGCACCCUGCGUGGGGCUGGAUGCUGCUGUAGCCCCUUACAAUGAGGAGAAGCCUGGCCCCCAGCCAGCUGGCCAAGAGGAAGCCGGGGGGCGAUGGCUCAGAGGAUGAUGAGGACUGGCAUCCCGAGGCGACUCCAAAGAAGCGGAAACCUGGCAGUGAGAGCCAGAGCUGGGAAUGUUACAUGUCACCUUUCCGGAAACCCUUGGCCCAGUUGAUCAAUCGACCUCACUGCCUUGAUAGCAGCAAACAUGAGGCAUUUAUCCGCAGCAUUUUGUCAAAACCCUUCAAAAUACCCAUUCCAAAUUAUCAAGGGUCACUGGGCUUGAGGGCCCUGGGCAUCAAACGGACAGGGGUAAGGAGCGCUCUCCAUGACCCUUUUGAAGAAGGGGCUCUGGUUCUUUAUGAGCCCCCGCCGCUGAGUGCACAUGACCAGCUGAAAAUAGACAAGGACAAAGUGCCAAUCCAUGUUGUGGUGGAUCCCGUUCUCAGUCGCGUUUUACGGCCUCAUCAGAGGGAAGGGGUGAAGUUCCUUUGGGAAUGUGUCACGAGCCGGCGGAUCCCUGGGAGCCAUGGUUGCAUAAUGGCUGACGAGAUGGGUCUGGGCAAGACCCUCCAGUGCAUCACGCUGAUGUGGACGCUGCUGCGUCAGAGCCCCGACGGCAAGCCUGAAAUCGACAAGGCAAUGGUGGUCUCUCCUUCCAGCCUGGUUAAAAACUGGUACAAUGAAGUUGGCAAAUGGCUCGGAGGAAGGAUUCAGCCACUGGCCAUCGAUGGAGGGUCCAAAGACGAGAUAGACCGUAAACUAGCCGGUUUUAUGAACCAGCGGGGCUUGCGAGUGCCUUCCCCCAUCCUGAUCAUUUCCUACGAGACGUUCCGCCUUCACGCUGAAGUUCUCCAGAAGGGGAGUGUCGGGCUGGUCAUAUGUGACGAGGGCCAUAGGCUGAAGAACUCUGAAAACCAAACAUACCAGGCCCUGGAUGGCUUAAACACCCCACGGCGAGUUCUCAUCUCAGGGACCCCCAUUCAGAAUGACCUGCUCGAAUACUUCAGCUUGGUGCACUUCGUUAACUCGGGCAUCCUAGGGACAGCGCAGGAAUUUAAAAAGCAUUUUGAAAUCCCUAUCCUAAAAGGCAGGGAUGCAGAUGCAAGAGAAGCGGAGAGGCAUAAAGGGGAGGAGCGACUCAAAGAACUGAUCAGCAUUGUGAACAGAUGUUUGAUCAGGAGAACUUCAGAUAUCCUGUCCAAAUACCUACCAGUGAAAAUCGAGCAGGUGGUUUGCUGCAGGCUGACACCUCUGCAGACUGAGCUGUACAAACACUUCCUGAAGCAAGCAAAGCCAGCCGAAGAGCUGAAGGAGGGGAAGAUCAGUGUGUCGUCUCUCUCCUCCAUCACGUCCCUGAAGAAGCUCUGUAACCACCCUGCCCUGAUCUACGACAAGUGUGUGGAGGAGGAGGAAGGGUUUGCAGGAGCACUGGAAUUGUUCCCUGCUGGCUACAGUCCCAAGUCCCUGGAGCCCCAGCUGUCAGGAAAGAUGCUGGUGUUGGACUACAUCCUGGCUGUGACUAGAAGCACCAGCAACGACAAGGUAGUCCUGGUCUCCAAUUACACCCAAACACUGGACCUCUUUGAGAAGCUCUGCAGGACUAGGAGAUAUUUAUAUGUCCGACUGGAUGGCACCAUGUCCAUUAAAAAGAGAGCAAAGAUCGUAGAGCGGUUUAACAGCCUCUCGAGCCCUGAGUUUGUCUUCAUGUUGAGCAGCAAAGCAGGUGGCUGCGGCUUGAACUUGAUUGGGGCAAACAGACUCAUCAUGUUCGACCCAGAUUGGAAUCCGGCCAAUGACGAACAAGCCAUGGCUCGAGUGUGGCGAGACGGCCAGAAGAAGACCUGCUACAUCUACAGGUUGCUCUCAACAGGAACGAUUGAGGAGAAGAUUUUCCAGCGUCAGACCCACAAGAAGGCACUCAGCAGCUGCGUGGUGGAUGAGGAGCAGGAUGUGGAGAGGCACUUCUCGCUAGGAGAGCUGAAGGAGCUGUUCACGUUCAACGAGACCACAGCCAGCGAUACUCAUGACAAGAUUAAGUGUCGCCGCUGUGUGAAUGGUCACCAGGUAAAGCCUCCUCCUGAAGGUUCUGACUGCACCUCUGACCUCUCCCAGUGGAACCACUGUGCUGACAAGCGUGGGCUCCAGGACUCUGUGCUGAAGGCCACAUGGGAUGCUGCUGUCACCUUCACGUUCCAUCACCAUUCCCACGAGGAGCAGCGAGGGAUUCCCUGACAAUGCGUCUCCGAUGGUGGGGAUGAGGGAAGGCUCCUGUGGAAGUCAAUCAAGCUCACUUCAAUCACUUUCAAAGCAGAGGUCUGAUAAUGCAGCCUGUGCUGUUAUCUAGGUCCAGAACGGCAGGAGAAUGUUGUUCUGUUUUCUUCCACCAAGAAAUGGGUAGGUCUUGAGAAAAUUGUUAAACUGUGCUUGGGACAGCAGGAAGGUAUUAUCCGUGCCACUCUUGUGUCUAUAAUGUGUACUGGAGAAACAGCUGUUUGGCUUGUGAAGUGAUGUGCUUCAGUCUAACGUAGGACCUAUUGUAAUAGCGUCAAGACAUAACCAGUUCUGCAUCUGUGAGAGCACAUGCAGGAUCCAGUUCACAAUUUGUAUCAUUUUUUUAUUUACCCAAGUCCCAUUACAAAAAAACAGGCUCUAUCUUCAUGUGUAGGUUAAUUCCUGGCUGCAGAUCUGGUUUCUGUGUGCAACUACCACCUAUUCAAGAUUUUUUUCUCGAAGCCACAAUUUACAGUCUAGAUAGUGAAUGCAUAGGCACUGAUGAGAUCUGGAAUCAGCUGGUAGUGUUUACCUAUAUUAUGUAGUAGACAGCUCUGGGAAAUAUCAUCAUUCAUCUCAAGAUCAAUCUAACUUAAGCCAUUUUUGAAAAACUUGGGUCUAAAUGUCCUGUGCUUCUGGAUGGCCCAGUCUGAGACACCUCCAAAGGGCCUGAUUUUCAGAAAGUGCAUCAGUCAGGCCCCAUUAGAAUCACUCUUCACUUUGAAAAUCUUGGUGGAAACAACUCUCUAAUUUGUGUUGGCAUCAUUUUAGCAAGAUCAUUUUUCUACAAUGCAGUAAAAUAGUCCCAAUGUACCAAAAUUUCUACUCAACUAUAUUUUAAAAAAUAAAGAUGCUGAAGGACAAGCAAA